AUGAUGCAAAAUGGAACUUGUUCUAUCCUUGAUCAGAGAUUUCUCUAUGAAAAAGACGAAUCAGAGUUUGAAGAGGGGGACGAGCGACAACAGAUAGAGGAGGAUUUAUUCAAUCACAUAGUUUGGGCUCCUAGAAUAUGGCGCCCUUGGGGCUUUCUAUUUGAUUGUAUCGAAAGGCCCAAUGAAUUGGGAUUUCCCUAUUGGUCCAGGUCAUUUCGGGGCAAGCGGAUCGUUUAUGAUGAAGAGGAUGAGCUUCAAGAGAAUGAUUCGGAGUUCUUGCAGAGUGGAACCGUGCAGUACCAGACACGAGAUAUAUCUUCCAAAGAACAAGGCCUUUUUCGAAUAAGCCAAUUCAUUUGGGACCCUGCAGAUCCACUCUUUUUCCUAUUCAAAGCUCAGCCCUUUGUCUCUGUGUUUUCACAUCGAGAAUUAUUUGCAGAUGAAGAAAUGUCAAAGGGGCUUCUUACUCCCCAAAAAAAUCGUCCUACAUCUCUAUAUAAACGUUGGUUUAUCAAGAAGACGCAAGAAAAGCACUUCGAAUUGUUGAUUAAUCGCCAGAGAUGGCUUAGAACCAAUCGUUCAUUAUCUAAUGGAUCUUUCCGUUCUAAUACUCUAUCCGAGAGUUAUCAGUAUUUAUCAAAUCUGUUCCUAUCUAACGGAACACUAUUGGAUCAAAUGACAAAGGCAUUGUUGAGAAAAAGAUGGCUUUUCCCGGAUGAAAUGCAAAUUGGAUUCAUGGAACAGGAUAAGGAUUUCCCAUUCCUUAGCCAGAAAGAUAUGUGGCCAUGAAAGGCGAAGGAAGGCUGGAAUGCCAACAGGCGUCUAUUAUUGAAUUCACCCGACCCGACA